UUUCUCCAUAGCAGCAACCGCCGCAUUUCUGCGUUCUCCUCCUCUCUUGCGAUCUCUUGCGAUCUAAGGCACAAAAUGGAUUCUCAAAUUAAGCAUGCUGUGGUGGUGAAAGUCAUGGGUAGGACAGGAUCUCGAGGUCAGGUGACUCAGGUGAGAGUCAAGUUCUUGGAUGAUCAGAAUCGAUUCAUCAUGAGAAACGUCAAGGGACCAGUCAGAGAGGGUGAUGUUCUCACCCUUCUCGAGUCUGAGAGGGAAGCUAGGAGGUUGCGCUGAUGGGGUUCUUUUUGCUGUUAAUGUAUGCUAUUAAUUCUGGUUUUGUUUGCUGCUGUUUUUCGAGUCUUGUUAGUUAAUGCCUUGAGGAUUUCUUUGUUUAGACUCGAUAGUAACAUUGAGAUUAUAUCAAUUGGAUAUUUAAACGUAUGGCUUUGGUCAUAUUUCAUUUUUCCCCCA